CGUCAGGCAUCUUGUGAGACUCCUACACAUGAAGCCGGUUUAAGACCCUCAGGAUGUCCAUGCUCGCCGAAACCCGUAGAAAGCAAAAGUGGUCGGUGGACCCGCGGAACAGUUCUUGGAGCAAUGACGAUUCUAAGUUUGGGCAAAAGCUGAUGGAACGUAUGGGCUGGGCCAAGGGCAAGGGCCUGGGCAAACAUGAGCAAGGUGACGCCGAGCAUGUCAAAGUCAAAGUGAAAAACAACACCCAUGGCCUCGGCGCUGGCAUCAGCCAGGAGGACAACUGGAUCGCACACCAGGAUGAUUUUAACGACCUCCUUGCUCAGCUCAACAACUGCCAUGGCCAAAACAACUCUGAAACUCAGCCAGAGGAGCAGAAAGGCUUCAGCCUGGAAGAGAAAUCCAAGACAUCCAAAAAGCGAGUCCAUUACAUGAAAUUUGCUAAAGGUAAAGACCUCUCCUCCCGAAGUGCAACGGACCUCAAUUGUAUCUUUGGAAAGAGAGCAAAGGUUAACAAACGUCACGAGCAGGAGAGCGGCAACGAUUCGGACUCCACCACCGGGCAGUUGACCAGCACCCUCAGCACGCACGAGUACUUUGCGCAGAGGAUGGCCCAGCUGAAAAGGGCUCGCGGUCAGAGCCAUGCCGCCGCCGAGGGGUCGGAAGACCCCAAAAAGAAGAAAAAGAAGGCUAGAGAAGAGACGGAAACAGCUAACAGCGGUGUGAUGGAAGCUUCGGAGUCCUCAAAAAAGAAGAGAAGACAACUUGAGGACGCUGCGAAUGAAAACCCAGCUGAGGAGGCCUGUGAGGAGCAGAAAGCUUCCAAGAAGAAGAAGAAGAAGUCAAAGAAACAGAAAAAGGACACGCCGAGUGAAACGACGGCGGUUGAACACGAGACAUCUGGCGAGGGUCGAGAGGAGACGGUCCAAAAGAAAUCCAAAAAGCACAAAAAGAAGAAGCCGCAAGAUAUGAAAGUUGCGGUUGACGCAGGUGCUUGUUGACAGACCCCACCCGCCCACCCACACGUUGGUCACGAGCGCAGGCAUCGUGAUGGACCAACUUGACGGUAACGAGGAAUUUUUUUUUUUUUAAUUCUGAGCACGACACACGAUUAACGUGUUUGUCCGUGGCCGCCAUCACGGCCGAGAUGACUCAGACCAGGAAAGAGCAAAGGUGACAUUCGUAGUUUGUUAAGGAAAAGCCUUCGAAGUUUGUCAUUCCUUUCUGAUUUAUCUGGAGAUGCAAAACACCAUGAAUGGACUGAACACGCUCGACACAGUCAACGGGGCGAACGACAGGCAACGGAAUAUUGUGUAUUUUCCCACUUGUUUCUCAAAAUAAAAUCUAGGGCUCAUUUUUGAGGACACCUUCGACAAAUAAAAGAUCCAACUCAACUUUAGGAGAUAAGAGGCCGUGGCUUGUUGUCUCCUCUGCAACAAAGGUUUCCACGUUACGACAAAACCAAUGCAAGCCUUUUUGUGUGUUAUCAAGAAAAUGGCCAUUUUCUCACCAAUUUUUCAUGAUGAACUCAAAAUGUAGGAAAUUUGAGAGCACAAGAGAGCAAAAACGAUUCUCUCUCGUAUUUAGGUAAGUAUGAUCUCAACUUUUGAGCUCAAUCUGAUGACAAAACCAAAAUAAAGUACUUUCAUUGGAAUUUCUCUGACAAAACAAA